GGGGUGAGCCUCCCCGGCGUGGUGGCCGCCAGGUGCGGCGCCGAGGUGAUCCUGUCGGACAGCGAGGAGCUGCCGCAGUGCCUGCGGAGCUGCCGUAGCAGCUGCCUGGCAAACCGCCUGCCCCACGUGCCCGUCCUCGGCAUCACCUGGGGGCGCCUCUCGCCCGAGCUGCUCUCUCUGGCUCCUGUGGACAUCAUCUUAGGGUCAGAUGUCUUUUUUGACCCCAAAGACUUUGAAGACAUCUUAACUACAGUUUACUUCUUGCUGGAGAAGAAUCCUCAUGCUCAAUUCUGGACUACAUAUCAAGUCCGAAGUGCUGACUGGUCCAUCGAGGCUCUGCUCCACAAAUGGAAACUGAAGAACAUCCAUGUUCCCUUACACUCCUUUGGUGCAGACAAGGAGCACUUGGCCAGCUCUUCCCUACCAGGAAGGCACACGAUUGAAAUGAUGAUCAUCUCACUAGCACAGUCUGAUGGCACUUCAGUUUAUUCCACUUCAGGUUCCAGUACAAGAUGA